CUGGGUGGUUAUUCGAGUCGAUUCGAUCCGAUUCGAGUCGAUUCGAGUCGAUUCGAGUCGAUUCGAGUCGAUUCGAGCCGAUUCGAGCCGAUUCGAGUCGAUUCGAGCCGAUUCGAAUCGAUUCGAAUCGAUUCGAAUCGAUUCGAAUCGAUUCGAGGCAUUUUUUUUAAUUUUUCUGGGUGGUUAUUCGAGUCUGGGUGGUUAUUCGAGUCGAUUCGAUCCGAUUCGAGUCGAUUCGAGUCGAUUCGAGUCGAUUCGAGUCGAUUCGAGCCGAUUCGAGCCGAUUCGAGUCGAUUCGAGCCGAUUCGAAUCGAUUCGAAUCGAUUCGAGCCGAUUCGAAUCGAUUCGAAUCGAUUCGAAUCGAUUCGAAUCGAUUCGAGGCAUUUUUUUAAUUUUUCUGGGUGGUUAUUCGAGUCUGGGUGGUUAUUCGAGUCGAUUCGAUCCGAUUCGAGUCGAUUCGAGUCGAUUCGAGUCGAUUCGAGUCGAUUCGAGUCGAUUCGAGCCGAUUCGAGCCGAUUCGAAUCGAUUCGAAUCGAUUCGAAUCGAUUCGAGGCAUUUUUUUAA